AUGUUUUUCAGAAAUGUUUUGUUAUUUGGGGAGUUGACGGUUAAGAGUAAACCGGAGCUCAUAAAACUAAGUUCAAGUCGGUUAGGAUGUGGACGACUUCAACUCCGUAAUUCAUUUCAUAACACUCGACGAGGAGUAAGACAACCAAGGCUUGAACCGAAUCCCUUAGAAAAUUUUAACUAUGCUUCUAUACCUUUAAAUGCGAGAGGAUUAUUAAAACCUUUGAUUUUUACACUAGGGGUGUCUACUGGCAGUCUUCUUGGUUGUGUUAUUUGGGAAUAUGAAAACUUACGUGCUCAUGCUGCUUCUUUACUCAGAAAACCUGGCACCUGGUUGAACGCUCAACAAAAAAAAAUUUCGGUACAUCUUAAAUCAGAACCGAAUCCAAUUUCCAAAUGGUGGAAUUCACUAAGACCCAGUGAAAAAGUAUUUUAUCCUAUUCUUGCUGCAAAUCUACUGGUGUUUAGUGCCUGGCGUGUCAAAUCAUUACAACCAUUCAUGGUCAAAUACUUCUGUUCAAAUCCAUCUGGAAGUGCCAUAUGUCUACCUAUGGUACUCUCCACAUUUAGCCAUUACUCAGCACUUCAUUUGGCAGCAAAUAUGUAUGUUCUUUACAGCUUCAUGCCAGCUGCAGUUGCAUUUCUUGGGAAGGAGCAAUUUGUUGCUAUGUAUUUAAGUGGUGGUGUAAUAAGCAGUUUUGCCAGUUUCUUAUAUAAAGUAGCACUCAACCAACCUGGUAUGAGCCUUGGAGCUUCGGGUGCAAUUAUGUCUGUGCUGUCAUUUGUGUGUAUGCAAUAUCCAGACACAAGAUUAAGUAUAAUAUUUCUUCCAAUGUAUACAUUUGCUGCAGGUACAGCUAUUAAAGCAAUCAUGGGUGUAGAUUUUGCUGGUGUAUUGUUUGGUUGGAAAUUUUUUGACCAUGCAGCACAUCUUGGUGGUGCUUUAUUUGGAAUAGCCUGGUGUUACUGGGGUGGACAUGUAUGGGGAAAUCGAGACAAAUUCCUACAAUACUAUCAUUAUCUUAGAAAAGACUCUUCUAGA